UUAUUGUAUAAACUCAAAACACUAGGUGUGUGGAUAAAACUAUAAGCAUUUGUACCUAGAAUUAACAAUUUCAAAUGCCUAUGGUAUGGGACUUGCAUACUGUAUUGAUUAAAGUUAAAACCUAAUAAAGAAUAAAACAAGUAAGUGCACCACUUUGUUUCCAAAGCUGUUAAUAGUAACAUUGAUUUAGCUAAUUGUUAAAUCAUCACUUUAAGGUUAUACAUGAGACAUAAUUUCCUUCAAGUGACGACCAUCUUUACCAAAGAUGAAAGCAACACUACAGCCACGACUACCCAUGAGCCUCUUGGGGAGGUUGUCCUGCUCUGCUUUGACUGGAUUGCUUAAUAGGAUUAUCUAGUCUUAGUACAGGAGAAAGGCAGGGAUGGGAACUUAAAUCGAUAUAUAUAUAUAUAUACAGAUUUCCAGCAGCAACAAAACUUCUGGAGGUUACGGAAGAUUAUUUAAAUAUUUGCUUCUAACCCAAGGGAGGCUGUUGGAUUAUUCCUGGAAAAACCGGUUAAUGUCAUGACUACUCAGGUGAGUAAUCUACCAGCUGUCCCACCUGAUCCCCUCUUUGAAUGCAACGAUCUCGGCAAUAGAAGGAAAUGUUUCUGAACUAAUUACAGCGUGAUGCCGAGCCGAACUGCAUCAGCGGGUUCGCCACGUUGGACAGCGAGGACAGUGCCGACGGUAACAGCUUUAAAUGGCCACACAAAGUCCAUGACCAGUGUCCUGGGUGUACAUUUAAACUGGCUUCUGUCCCAGCAGAAAGCAGUCGGGAGGAUCAGCCAAUCACAAACUGGAACGCGCUCUCCAUCAUCGAGCGCGUCGGACUUGACGGGUGACCCAGUGUGAUUUUUUAUCUGCCAACCAUGUCAUACCUUUUAAAAACACCAGUUAAUCUGACUCUUCCUCCCACUUUUCUCUGACAGUGUGGAGCUGUCAGAGAAAGAUUUGGAGGUAAAGUGAUAUUGCAUCCCACAUGCGUGUUUUUGUGUUGCUUUCACAUCUCCUAACGCUCUUACAAUCUCACCGACGGUGAGUUUGCUUUUUAGAGGCCUGAAUGAACCGCAGGAACGAUUGCACAUAAAAUAACAACAACCAGCAUCCUGUUCCUAUGUUCCCAUCUGCAGCCGACUAUUUUUUAAAGUCGGACGUGAACGAUUGUUGACCCUUCCCUUCAAACUCAUGUUUCACCCCAAUUAGGAAAAAACCUCAUGAAUCCCGACGUUCCGACGCAUACGGCUCAGCCUGUGUCUGAAGCGUGGCCUGGUUGCUGCUCUUCUUAUGUUCCCAGGCGGCCUUCUCUCAGAUCGCCCUGGCCUCGCGCUGCGAUCAGUUCACCCUGAAGCAGAGGCUGCAGGCCGAGGAGCACGCGCGCAACCUGGCCGAGGAGAACGUCCUGCUGGAGCUCACCAGAGGCCGGGAGACGCUGGAGGUGCGGCUUCAUGACUGAUGGUGUGAAAUGACGCUGCCAUAGAGCAGGUGCUCCCGUGUGUGUCUGUGCGUGUGUGUGUGUGUGUUUUUUAGACGCUGAAGGGCCUUUGUCAGGACAGUAAGCGCAGUAAGAUCCUGCAGAGGCUGGAGCUGUCCCUGGACAUCCUCGGUGGGACCGUGGAACGAAUCUCCAACACAGCGGAGGUGCUCGGCGCCGUGCACCAGGAGGCUCGAGUGAGUCGAGCAGUGGAGCUCAUGGUGGCCCACGUGGAGAACCUGAGGAGACAAUACGAUAGAAACAUGUUGGAGCUGGAGGACGCCAAGAAGACCAUCCAGCUGCAGAACUCCUGCAGAAGCGCCGUGGACCCGAGCCCGUCUCCAGGUCUCCGAUGUCCUGCCUCCCGGGGUUUGUUUUGCUCGUUCUUCAUUAUUUCACAGACUUUUCUCCUUCUAGAUGCAGAGAGAGAAAGUGAAGGCAGAAAGAAAAACUCUCAGCAGAACAGCGGUCGUCGCAGAGUCAGCGUAACUCUAAUGCCGAUCCAAAUCCAGGAGCCGGUCAAGCUAGACACGGAUAAAAAAGCUCUCCCUGGAAGGUCCAUCAGCAAAGACUCCUUCCUCUCGUCCUUGUCUCCCCCCCUGGGCUCCGAGUCCUGCUGCGCCGCCGGGACCAAGGCCGCCGGCUCCCUCGCCGAAGACAGGCCGGUGGAGCCAGAAGAAACUCCAGCUGCUGAACUCCUUCCCCCCCCGGCCCCCGGCCUCGAGGGCCUCCUGUCGAAACAUCAGGCCACCAGAAAGUCACGUGACAAAAACCCCCCCCUGGAUGGUCUACGCCAGAGACACAAGGGCAAAGCUGCCUUAUCAAAGAAAAAAGCAGACAGGGACAAAAAGAGCGCCGCCGCUUACCGACGGCCUUCAACGAGCUCGUGCGGCCCGCCGUGGGGACGGCGUCCCGCGGCCCUCUGGGCGCUACGCUGUCGCUGGGCGCUGCUCCUCGUGUACCUGUUUGUGCUUUUCUGCGGCGCGGCGCUGGCUUGCGUCCUGUGGAAGCUUCACGACGAAGCGCCGGAGCGCUGAAGGAAAUCUGCGACUCAGUCUUUUUGGAUAUAAAACCAACGGUGUGUUCUUCAAAUACUUUGGGUUCGUUUUUUCUUCUAGAAAACCAAAAGCCACAAACUUCCAAUUUUUUGGCUGUAUUUCUUUAUU